UCCGGAGUACCGCUCCAUCAUACUCUCCACCAGCAAUGUCAUGUGUCAAGCUUCUGCUGGUCUCCGAGGCGACGAGUUCUCGAGAUCGUUGAGGACUACAUUGAAGCAGCUCACAAAGGAGGAAGAGGAUGUACCAGAGUAUGCCAUGGCGGAUGAGACGACCCUCGUUGUACCACGGCAGCAACCGAUCAAAUUGGAGGCCGAUCCAUCCGAAUACGAAAUAUCCGCAAAACUAUUCCUCCUAACCUCAGAAAACACCCCAGAGCGCUCCACACACGUCCGCGCCGCUGUCGAUACAGCCUUGCAAGCUUUAGGCGUCUCGAAGCUCAAUCAGUUGGUAGUAGCAUUCCCAGACAUCACCUUCGACGCCGAAGACGAUGCCUCGGAUUUCAAGGAUGAGGAUGUGGAGGAGUGGAUGCACGCAUGGCGUCCAAUGGAGGGCUUACAGAAGGGAGGAAAGGUUGAUGCGUUGGGGGUUUCGGAGUUUGGGACGAAGCGGAUACAGCGGUUCAUGAAGGAAACAACCGUGAAGCCAAAAGUGGAUCAACUCAAUCUACGGGACUGCUGUGUCGUUCCGAAGAGUUUGAUUAUGUAUGCGAAGGAGCAGGGCAUUGAUUUGUUGACUCACGGGGACUCUCCUCGGAUUUUGUCGGAGGAUACGUUGAAGGAUAUCCUGGAUGAGUUCAAGUUGGAGCAAAGUGGACGAAGGGUGGUGCCACAGUGGGUCAUCAAGUACGCCGCAGUCGUGAAAUCCCGGGGAGUAGUUGAAACGAAGGGAUAUAUUGCCUUUGCACAGGCCGAGUAG